AUGACUGCCAUGCUCAGAGCUGCAUCAUUGGCCUUUAAGGGUCUUCAUCGCUCCUUGGUGCCCCUCUCAGCAAGAAUGAGCAGCAAUAGGGCAGACAGGAGCUGUGCCCUGGCUGAGAAAGUGGCUGUGAUCACUGGGUCCACAAAGGGGAUCGGCUUCACCACCGCCCGCCGCCUGGCCCAGGACGGGGCCCACGUGGUCAGCAGCAGCCGGAAGCAGCAGAACGUGGACCGGGCAAUGGCCGCGCUGCAGGGGGAGGGGCUGAGCGUGGCGGACACCGUGUGCCACGUGGGGAAGGCCGAGGGCUGGGAACGGCUUGGGCUACAGUGAGUGGCAGGGGCCCUGGAGCAUUGUGGGGGCGUCAACUUCCUGGUGUGCAUGGCAGGGGUCAACCCUUUGGUGGGCAGCACUCUGGGGGCCAGUGAGCAGGUGUGGGACAAGAUCCUGGAUGUGAAUGUGAAGUCCCCGGCCCUGCUGCUGAGCCAGCUGCUGCCCCACAUGGAGAACAGGGGGACAGGCGCCGUGGUUCUGGUCUCAUCUAUGGUGGCCUGUGUGCCAAUACCAAAGCUGGGAGUCUACAACACCAGCAAAACGGCACUGUUGGGUCUCUGUAAGUCUCUGGCUGUGGAGCUGGCACCAAAAGGCAUCCGAGUGAACCGUUUGGUGCCAGGAAUAAUCAAGACUGACUUUAUCCAAUUGGAGAAAACAUUGCCAUACUUGCUACCUGACUUCAAUGACAUCAAUGGAGUGCAGUGGUUUGGGGAGCCCGAAGAAUGUGCCAGGAUGGUGUCCUUCCUGUGCUCUCUAGACGCCAGCUACAUCAUCGCUGAGAACAUUGUGGUAGCUGGCUUCUCUCCUAAGCUGUGA